AUGGUGACGCUCCAGCUUUACGAGAUCAAACACUCCUUCCUGCAGCAAAACCCCUGCACGCGCGCACUCGAGCGGCAGACGGCCGUUAUUCUCAGCUCGCAACUGGUUGUCGUUCCAAUCGACGCGUUGCUCUUUGAUACCCCCGUCUACGUCGUGCAUGAAUCCGCUAUGCAGCAUAUAUACAUUCUGGAUUCCUCGGAUGCGGAGGAUAUCGCGACAUCCGCUCUUGGAUCGGCUUCGCCUUUUCCCCGCCGCGUGCUCUGA